UUGAUCAUUUUAUGAUGAUGAUGAUAAUAAUAAUAAUGUUGACAAUUUGUAUGUUGAUUACUUGCUUGUGAUCUGAUCCAACCUAAAAUUUUUUUUUGUUACUGGACAAAAUAUAAACGAAUGUCCAUUCGAAACAUUCAUUUGAAUUUCAUCGCCAAUACGUAUUGGUCGUUUGUAAAAUUUUAAAUUUUCCGUUUUGCUGGCAUUUUCUUGGUUUUUUUUUCGUUGUUGUUCAUCAAUCAAUCAAUCAAUCAACCAUGAAUUCAUUUUUACUAUUUAUCAAUUCGAAUAUUCUUUUGAUUCUGUUGUUUGUAUUCAUGUUCAAUGUGAACAUUGAAGCAAUAAUAACAAAUCUUAGCCAACAACAAUUGAGUAAAUUGGAAAAAUGUUCCAAUGAAACAUAUGUUUGUGUAAAAGAUUCAAUGGAUGAACAAGAAAUUUAUUGCUGCUGUAAUCAAAAAUGGUCAAAUUGUCGUCAAACAUUAUCAUGCGAAGAUGCAUCAUCGUUAUCAUCAUUAUCAUCAUCAUCAUCAACAUCACCAUCUCGUCAUCAGGAUGAUUGCCGUUUUCUUUCCACAUAUGAACGAUAUUUUAAACGACCAAAAAAUAAAAAUUGUACAUCAUUACCGGAUUUACAAUGUAAUGGUAGCCAACAAUUAAUGAUGGGCAAUGGAAAUCUAAUGCAAUCAUUAUUGUUCACAAUGAUUAUCACCAUCAUUAUCGGUUACCAUCAUCAUCAUUAUUAUUAAUUUAAUCAAUUUUUGUAAUCCAAAUAGAUUGAAAUAAGAUGAAUGUAGAUUUACAUAUUUGUUUUCGUUUGUUUUCGGU